CUAAACCGACUGCAUGGAUGGCGCAUUACCGUCUCAGCUUCUAUGUUCUAUGUUUCUCAACCCGACAACGAUUAUUCAAUUGAGUGUAUAACUUAAAUGAAUUUAUCUUGGCAAAAGUAGACUUAAAAAAGGCUAUGAUUCUUUAUUUAUUCGUCAUAAUCUUUGUGGUGGUCAUAUUUCUCGCCAUGUUUAUGUGGCGGCUACAAACACUGAAUCCAUCCAACGUUGGAAGAAGAAGGUUUCAGUCGCCAUCGGAUAAUGAAAGUCCAGAACGUCACACAGUAUGUCUUGAUAGCAACACACUACAACACAAUCCAUACCAGGAAAUCACCACCCUCGUCCCUACAGAUCCAAAGUAUGGCACACUGUCGCCAGACACAAGAAUUCCUGUGAAGACAACUGAUGAGGGGUUGGCUGCUAACAACACACCACAACCUCACAAUCCAUACCAGGAAAUCACCUCCCUCGCUCCUGCAGAUCCAAAGUAUGGCACGCUGUCAUCAGACACAAGAAUUCCUGCGAAGACAACUGAUGAGAGGUUGGCUGCUAAAAACACACCAAAACCCCACAAUCCAUACCAGGAAAUCACCUCCCUCGCUCCUGCAGAUCUAAAGUACGGCACGCUGUCACCAGGCACAAGAAUUCCUGUGAAGACAACUGAUGAGGGGUUGGCUGGUAACAACACACCACAACCCCACAAUCCAUACCAGGAAAUCACCACCCUCGUUCCUGCAGAUCCAAAGUACGGCACGCUGUCACCAGGCACAAGAAUUCCUGUGAAGACAACUGAUAUUGUGCGAUAAGCACCGCUUAUUGCAGGUUUAGCGCUUUGCGCAUUAGUUUUCUUCGUUAAGAGAUGUUAUGUAGUUUACUUGAGAAAACGCACUCGAGAAAAAUCACUUAUUCGAUUCAUUACUUUUUCAUAUGUACCAAAGAAACGUACAAAUGACGCUGAAAAACAUUUCCAAGCAUACCCAAUAAAAUUCAGACAAAAGCAUUGCCAUCUUAGAGAGAUUAACAAUGAAUUAUAUUUAAAAAUCUUUAGCAAUGCACCAACAUGGCCGCAAUGACGUAACGUGCAAUUGAAGAACACAAGUCGGUCAUACACCAUCGGUAUCUCCAAGGAAGAUUAAUCCAUUAUCAUUCAUAGUUCUUAUUUUUUCCAAUUAUUUUACACUUGCAUUUAUCCAUAAUUAUUAUUAGUUUUCAAUUUCCCAGAUCACAUGAUGAUCCAUUUUCACGGGUUGUCUAUACUUACUCUGAUGCAUCAGCUUAAAAUCUCGACUGCGACCGUUACAGCUAUUUUCAUAAAGAUGCGACCUCGGUCCUCUUGAGUUGCACGCUGAAAUUUGGUUUUCCGCUGCCGUCAAUCAAACCUAAUCAGUCGGUAACUUUCAUAUUUUUGACUGUCGGCAGCGAAAAACCAAAUUUGCAACUCAAGAGCACCUAGGUCGCAUGUUUAUGAAAAUAGCUGUAAAACCUCCAGACUUUUACGGCAAACUUGAUAGUCUUGAUACCUUGCUUAGCGUGACAAGCUAGCUAGCGUUAUGACUAGUCUGUCAUAACAACUCUGGUGAUCACAUUACAGAAUGCAUUGAAGUGUAUACAGGAAAUAAACUGCUUUACAGGCUGUAAAUAUCUUUCUGUGUGACUGCUUUCUCAUAUAAUCAGACGAGCAAGCAAGGAAAUAAGAUGGUAUGCUUAAUAUAUACAGUCAUUUCCAUUCUUGCCGCUUUGUUUGUCUGUGGAGCAAAUGCAGGGGACACGUUCUUCUUCAAUGAAACAUCAUUCAUGCAAGUGACAACUGCAACCAUUCCUCUUAAACAAGGAUUUGACCUUACCUUCAGAACAUGUCAAGGCGGUGUUUUAUUGUAUCAAGGGGGACAUGGAGAUGAUUAUGUUUUAUUACGAGUUAGUCCAGGCACUGUAAACUAUAACAUAUCUGUCAGCCCACCCUAUUUUACUCCAAGUCGCUUGACAUUACGAUGGAAGGUUCUUGGAGUUGAAAGCUCAAUUCAUGCUGGCAAUGAACUUGAUAAAAACUACCUAAAUACAGUAACUUUUGAUCCAGGCAGCUCAUCAGUGAAUGCAACUAUAAAGAUAGUUGGACCAAACAGUUACUCUGCAGUAGUGCCAAAAGAUAUAUUAAACUUUACGGGAAGUGGACCCAUGUAUGCUGGUGGUAACCUCGGUAAUACUAGUUCAAUUAAGGGAUUUGUUGGUUGUAUUGAGAGUGGAAGGAAUAUUCCUCUUGCUAUGUCACAAGGAGCAACAAAUGUGCAAGCAAGAUGUCCACUGGAUUCUAAAGCAGGGUGCACUAGGAAAAAAUGCGAUUCUGGUUUCACUGGAUAUUACUGUGAAGUGAACAUCAAUGAAUGUAGUGGAAAUCCUUGUCAUUCAUUCAGUACUUGUGUUGAUGGCAUCAAUUCUUAUAAAUGCAUCUGUGGAUCACAGUGGAGUGGGAAGAACUGUGACAGAUUUCUUAGUUCACUAUGUGAUGCCAAACCAUGUAAGAAUGGAGGAGUGUGUAAGGAAUCAUUUGACAGAAACAACUACACAUGUACAUGCCCUGCAGGAUGGACAGGAAGGAACUGUGAUUCGUCAUUUAAUCCUUGUGAUUUGACACCUUGUUUUAAUGAUGGUACAUGCUACAGGGACACCAACACUAGUAAUGGUUUCAAAUGCACUUGCCACAGAGGAUUUACAGGCAUCCAAUGUGAAACUAACAUCAAUGAUUGUGUCUCUCUUCCGUGUGCUAAUGGAAAGUGUGUUGAUGGUGUCAAUAGCUUCACCUGUAACUGCACGGGGUCUGGCUACACAGGCCCGACAUGUUCUGACAACAUCAAUGAAUGUACCUCCUCACCGUGUCUGAAUAAUGCAACAUGUCAUGACUAUAUUGGUACUUAUGCCUGUAGAUGUGUCAGAGGCUUUGAUGGCAAACACUGUGAAAACAACAUUGAUGAGUGCAGUCCAAAUUCUUGUGUUAACGGAGGUACUUGUACAGAUAAGAUUGAUGGCUUUAAUUGUGCUUGCCCUGCUGGUUUUAAUGAUACAAGAUGUGAAAACAACAUUGACGACUGUGUUACUAACAACAACUGUAAUCCUAACCAAAACUGUGUUGAUCAAAUCAACCAUUACUUGUGUGUCUGUAAACCAGGUUUCACUGGAAGCAACUGCUCAGUAGAUAUUGUGGAGUGCUUGAGUAAUCCAUGCAAGAAUAAUGGCACCUGUAAUGAAGGUGUUAAUGGCUACACCUGCUCCUGUUUACCAAGGUUUAAUGGUACAUAUUGUGAACUGGGUACCACUAAUGACUGUACAUCUCAACCAUGUUUGAACAAUGGCACUUGUGUGGAUGUAGUGGGUGAUUUUUACUGCAGUUGUACAAGAGGAUUCCAUGGAAAAAGAUGUGAGUUGGAUGUUUGUAAUCCCAAUCCAUGUGAGAACAACGGAACAUGUAGAUUAUCUCUGGUCAAUAAUUAUGACUUCAGUUGUACAUGUCAACAAGGCUUUACGGGACAUAACUGCUCCAUAAACAUUGAUGACUGUCAAUUAAGCACGUGUGUGCAAAAUGCAACCUGUAUUGAUGGAAUCAAUAACUACACCUGUCAAUGCCCAGAUGGUUACCAUGGUGAUUUCUGCCAGAUCGAAAUUGAUGAAUGUGCAUCCAACCCUUGUAAGAAUAAUGCAACAUGUUCUAAUGAGAUUGGUUAUUACAAGUGUCAUUGUCUGAGUGGUUUUAAUGGUACACAAUGUGAGAUCAACAUAGAUGACUGUCCAUCACAUGGAUGUAAUAAUGGGACGUGUGUAGAUGGUGUUAACAAUUAUACCUGCAURUGCAACAAAGGAUUUCAAGGAGAAUUCUGUGAUAGAGACAUAGAUGAGUGUCUUAAAAAUGCAUUUUGUAUGAAUGGAGGAACAUGCCAGAACACCAUUGGCUCAUAUCAUUGUGCUUGUAAUGAGUUUACUAAUGGUACACGCUGUGAAAUGGACAUUGAUGAGUGUGAGAAUAAGACUAUUUGUAACACAGGGUUGUGUAGCAACUACAUCUACACUGGAUACAGGUGCUACUGUGAUCAUGGAUGGACGGGUGACAAUUGUUACGAGAACAUUGACGAAUGUGCUUCUAACAGAGAUCCCUGCAAGAAUGGUGGAGCAUGUGUUGAUGGGAUAAAUAAGUACACAUGUGUAUGUACCUCAGGAUGGGAAGGAAAACACUGUGAUCAAGAUAUAGAUGAAUGUGCAUUAGGAUACUGUAAGAAUGGUGCUACAUGUAAUAAUGGGAAAGGUAGUUACGACUGUACAUGUGUACCAGGAUAUACAGACCACAACUGUUCUACAGACAUCAAUGAAUGUGCCAGCAACCCUUGCUACAAUGGAGCCACUUGCAACGACCAUAUUAAUUACUUUAUCUGUACAUGUGUUCCAGGCUACACAGGUCAUAACUGUUCCAUUAACGUCGAUGACUGUCAAUCAAACACGUGUGUGCAAAAUGCAACCUGUAUCGAUGGAAUCAAUAACUACACCUGUCAAUGCCCAGAUGGUUACCAUGGUGAUUUCUGUCAGAUUGAUGAAUGUGCAUCCAACCCUUGUAAGAAUAAUGCAAUAUGCUCUAAUGACACUGGCCAUUACAAGUGUCAAUGUCCAAGUGGUUUUAAUGGUACACAAUGUGAGAUCAACAUAGAUGACUGUCCAUCACAUGGAUGUAAUAAUGGGACGUGUGUAGAUGGUGUUAACAAUUAUACCUGYAUAUGCAACAAAGGAUUUCAAGGAGAACUCUGUGAUAGAGACAUAGAUGAGUGUCUCGAUAAUGCAUCUUGUAUGAAUGGAGGAACAUGCCAGAACACCAUUGGCUCAUAUCAUUGUGCUUGUAAUGAGUUUACUAAAGGUACACGCUGUGAAUUGGACAUUGAUGAGUGUGAGAAUAAGACUAUUUGUAACACAGGGUUGUGUGUUAAUAARCAAUACACUGGAUACAAGUGCUACUGUGAUCAAGGAUGGACAGGUGACAAUUGUUACCAUAACAUUAAUGAAUGUGGUCAUAAAGGAAACCCCUGCAAGAAUGGUGGAAUUUGUGUUGAUGGGAUGAAUAAGUACACAUGUGCAUGUACCUCAGGAUGGGAAGGAAAACACUGUGAUCAAGAUAUAGAUGAGUGUGCAUUAGGAUAUUGUAAGAAUGGUGCUACGUGUAAUAAUGGGUAUGGUACUUACAACUGUACAUGUGUACCAGGAUAUACAGACCACAACUGUUCUACAGACAUCAAUGAAUGUGCCAGCAACCCUUGCUACAAUGGAGCCACUUGUAACGACCAUGUUAAUUACUUCAACUGUACGUGUGUUCCUGGCUACAAAGGGUAUAACUGUUCCAUAGACAUAGAUGAAUGUGCCUCUAAUCCUUGUCAAAACAACGCUACAUGUAGUGAUUUAAUCAAUGAGUUCAACUGCUCUUGUCCAGCUAAUUAUACUGGUCGUCUUUGUGAGUAUACAGGCUUUCGCUGUCGGCCCAACAACCCUUGCAUUAAUAACGGCACGUGUUUGGAUCAAGGCCUUGACAAUUACAAAUGUAGCUGUAUACCAGGAUUUGGUGGGAAGAAUUGUGAAAACAGUACGACUAUCAACAUGAAUGGCUCUUCUUACAUGGCAUUCAAUGUUGGUAAAAGUAUCCUAACUAUAUCAUUACAGUUCAGGACUACUUUGAUAUAUGGAGUCUUGGCAAUUGACUCUGGAGGUAAACUCUUGAUACAGUUAAAAGGAGAAGGAUUAUUAGUGAGUUAUGACAUUGAAAGGCGUACUGUUGGCUCUAAUGCAAACCUAACUGAUGGGCAAUGGCAUCAAGUCGUCGUUAACCUGACCAGCACAUCUACUCAAAUCAACAUAGACAACUCUUCUUGCAGUGAUUGUACAAAGACGAUGAGCCGUUCAUCCAAUGAUGUCUUGUCAAAGCUGUUCAUUGGUGGAGCAACAAAUAUCGGAAAUAUGAAGCUGUUGAUUGGCUGUAUUCGUGCAGUUAARGUUAAUGGACUGACAGUAAUCCCAACACAGAGUGAUGUAAAACUUGUUAAUGUCACCAGUGGGUGUCCACGUGUACCAGUAUGCCAGCCUAAUCCAUGUGUUAACGGAAGAUGCAUCGAUGAAUGGCUUGAUUACAAAUGUGAAUGUAACAGGCCAUGGACUGGAGACCAUUGUAAUAAAACCUUCAUCGCAGGAACAUUUGGUGCACAGACAACACUUAACAAUGCUGCUCUAAGAAGAAGGAGGUCACUUUUACAGUCGAAUCUUAACACAAGCUAUGCAAAGUUUGCGACUCCUACAACAUUCGGCAUGUUAAGUGAGCUGUCUUUCUUCAUAAGAACAAGAGAGAGUAGUGGUUUGAUAGCUUUUUUUACUGGGGCUUCAGGCCACAUUACGGUGAUCCUUUCUAACGGCUCUAUCUCGCUACAGUCUACUAAAGAGGGCUCCAAGAACUUGUUAACUCUCAACCCAAAAGUCAACGAUGGACAAUAUCACUUUGUUGCCAUAAAUGUUAAUGAGUCUAAGGUUGAUAAUGUAACUGGUUCUGGUAUGACUUUACCUUCGUCUAUUGAUUUGUCAAGUACAUACCUUGGUGGGCUUAAAAAUUGGUUAGAGUUCUCAGAAGAUGUUGUCAUGACAAGGAAAGGUUUACGUGGUUGCAUUCAAGACAUGCGUCUUAACAACAAGCUCUUCUUGUUUUUCAAAGACCCUACAUCUCUAGACAGUUAUCAACUUGUUGAGAAUCAAGGAUUGGGUAAGGGCUGUCCAGGAGAGGAUAUGUGUGCUUCUUUUCCUUGUGGAGGCAAAGGAAGAUGUGAAGAUACUUGGAAUGAUUUUAAGUGUUACUGUAAUCGAUUUUAUGGUGGAAGAAACUGUUCGCUUUAUGGCUGCUCACUGGUACAACCAUGUGAUGGAGGAAGCAAAUGUAUGGAUGUUGAUAAUGGGCAGUUUGAGUGUGUCAGUCCUGCUACAUUUAAUGCAAGCCUCAGCAAAGCCAAGUUUACAUUGGUUUCUAAUUCCCACAUGACUCUUAAGCCACAUUUCUUGUUUAGCCUGAGAACCCGCCAGAAUCAUGGAACGAUAUUCACUGCAUCGAAAAACAACCAGAAACUGAUAGUCAGAAUAGACAAUGGCACUCUAAAUGUAACAUAUGAUCUCGGGCGAGCAGCAGGAAAUAUUUUAUCAGCGAAGGCUAUAAACGAUAGUAAAUGGCACAAAGUAAUGGUCAAUCUAUCAAAUUCAGCUAAGCUGGAGAUCGAUGGAACAGUGGAAAGCUUUUCAGAACCACCAUUAACUGAACAGGCUCUUCAAAACCUUCUUAAUGUGACAUCUCUUUAUAUUGGAUCUGACACACAAAUACCUUUCAAAGGUUGUCUUGACAACCUCCGAGUAGGUGGGGCUUUGCUGCCAUUCAAACAGUAUUACAACUCCAAUUACAAUGUCAGUCACGUGACACCAUUGAAGCCUAGUUUUGAUGUGAAAAUGACUGGUAUUUCUCUUGGUUGUCAUAGUGAUGAUGCAUGUAGGUUUCAACCCUGUAUUCGUGGCAAUUGCUCAGAUGAUUGGUAUGCUUUUAAGUGCGCAUGCCCAAAUGGAUAUGCAGGAACAAAGUGUAAUAAUACAGCUAACAUGACGUGUGCCCACCAACCAUGUUUUAACAAUGCCAGAUGUUCCAACAACAUGACAGCACAUUUGGAAAGCAGUUUCCAAAUCAGUGAUUUUGGUAAAGACAGGUUUGUAUGUCAGUGCCCAGCAGGAUAUCAAGGAAGACAGUGCAAGGAAGAAACAGACGAAUGUUCACCAUCACCUUGUCUGAAUGGAGGCAACUGUAAAGAUUUUCAUCUCAACUACAGUUGUUCUUGUGUUACUGGCUAUACUGGCAGAAAUUGUGAGAUCAACAUUGAUGACUGUGUUGGAAAUAACUGUACAAACGAUGCAACAUGUGUUGACGCUUUGAAUAAGUACACAUGUCACUGUACUGAAGGAUUUAAUGGCAGAUUCUGUCAACACGAUAUUAAUGAAUGCCACCUAAAAGUAUGUUAUGAACCAGGUACAAAUAACUGUACUAACACUGUAGGAUCGUAUGAAUGCAAAUGUAAGGAACGUUAUUAUGGAAAAAAUUGCGCGUAUAAUGCUACCGAGUGGUGCAGGGUAGGAAAGCCCUGUCACCAUGGAGAUUGCAAUGGAAACUCUACUGGAUUUUAUUGCUCUUGUUUUGCUGGGUGGGAAGGCAUAACUUGUGAUGAGGAUAUCCACGAGUGUGCGAGUAAUCCGUGCAAAUAUAAUGGUACCUGCAUAGAUAGUCAUACUUGGAAUCAACAAUUGUUUCCUGGAUACUUCUGUAAAUGCGUUGAAGGAUACAUAGGAAGGAAUUGUGAAGAAAUUUACCAUACCCCUCAGAAAAAUAAGCAAGACUCAGCGACCUAUGUAUAUUUGGUUUGCAUCGUACUCCUUGUAAUCAUUAUUAUCAUCCUGCUUGUCAUUGUAUUGAAGCAACGCAAAGAAAUUGAAUUUCAUUGUAGGAAAAACGCCAAACCAUCCGACCCAAGGGUUUUUCAUUCUCCUGAUCCACAACCAGAACAAGUUUAUCAUAACGAGGGAAUUUCACUGGAAUCUUUAACGUCGUCUUCGACACCAGCCAAUGACGACUACGAACCAAUAGACCAAUUUGUCACAGAUCAACAUCAACUACCCAACACGCAUACUCAAACAACUACCGCGACCACUUACGACAACGAUCAUCACCCUUACAACAACACUGAGCAUGUGUCUAAUAGUGAUAUCGCUGAACAAACUGGUGGUAGUAAUGGAUUGUCAUAUUACACUACAGCGCAUGACGCUGAAGACACUACCGCUGUACAGCAAUCCAUAGAUAUGCUGGACUUGAGUACCAAUCAUGUUAAAGUUCCAGUUCAAAAUCAUUAUCAAGAACUUGUCUCAUCAGGAAAACGUAGUGAUCAAGGAGUCUACCAAGAUCUUAGCCCUGAUACCAGGCAAGAAGACAGAACUAAAGGGCCUGGUAACUACGCGUCUCUGAGAGGUUCUGCUGUACAAGAAUAUCAGGGGCUCGUUAGAUCUGUUCAACUUGAUAUGAAUGAUCUAAAUGAGUGCAAUGCUUAAUAAAACAGGUUAAAAACUGGUAUAC